UGACCCGGUCUCUUUUUCGGGUUGAGUGACCUGAUCUCUUUUUUGGGUUAAUGUCCGGGUCGGGUUUUAAAACUACGGUGACUAGUCCAAGGAAGAAAGAAACUACCCCUCGGUUUCUCUUGCUCUCCUUUGUGCGUGAAAUGUUGAACCAAGAACGAUGAGAAGAAUAUUUAGCAGGGGAGACGUUUGGGUCCGAAUUUCAAAGCGGUUCAGGCGAGUCCCAAACAGACCCUUUUCUACCACCAACAGCAAGAAACCCAGCACGACCCACAAAAACAAUGGUAGUGACAAGGUUGAUGAUGGGUCGUCUUCUUCUUCUUUGAGCAAGUACGAAGCAUAUAAAGACCUGGACAACCUUAAUUUCAUGACUGCUGCUAAGAUCCUAUUCUCAGAACCUGCUAAGAAGAAAAAGUUCGGGAUUGAUUUCCAUCUGGUACAACUCUUCUUUGCCUGCUUGCCUUCAUUGGCUGUAUAUUUGGUGGCUCAAUAUGCUCGCUACGAAAUGAGAAGAAUGGAGGCGGAAUUGGAGCUGAAAAAGAAAGCUGAAGAAGAGGCAAAGGCAAAAGAGAUGGAAUUAAAAGAUGUUGAAGAAAAAGAAGCAGCAGGAUCUGAUCCAGAGCUUUUGGAAGUAAAAGAAAGGCUAGGUAAAUUGGAGGAAGCUGUAAAGGAAAUUGUGAUUGAAUCAAAGGCGCAAUUGGGGAGGACCAGAAGCAAAUAUCAGGAUGAUGGUGGUGUGAAAAAGCAACCAGCGACAACUGCACAGGGAGACACUAAAAGUAGAUCAGACGCAAGCAGUUCAGCAGAUGAAGGCCACCUUAGUGAACAAACAUCUGCAGGAAGAACAACGGUCAAAGUUCAACGGGAACCAAGUGGAUUAGCACCAGUUACUGAUUCUUCCCUGCGGGAUGAGAAGAGGGACCCAAAAUGAAGGGCCUGCUCAAGCUGGGCAGAAAUGAACUGUGGCAUCUGUAGUGCCUGCAAGCAACAUUCUUUUUCAGAACAUUGAAAAGUCGAUCGAAUUCAUAUAGAGGAUGCAACAGGGACAUGGGGACAUCCUUAGAACCCAGCAGAAGAUAAGUCAUGUUUGUUAGACAAGUGUACGAGGCUCAAAAAUUGCUGAUGGGGACAUCUAUGCAUGGCUUGUUGAAUUGUUAUCAUGUUGGGGCUUUCUUUGCAAGCACUAUGUAAGAGAAACUUCAGAUUGGUGGAGCUUCUAUUUUGUUUGUCAUUUUCAUGGGAGCACAAUAUGAAUGCAAGGCCAAGGCUUUGAUUCUGUGAACAUAAGCAGAUGGAUACGUUAAAAACCUUCUUUACAGUGUCUUUUAUGAUAUGAAAUUCUCCUGUGUACC